GAGAGAGAGAGCAAAAGAAAGAGUGGACAGCCACUCUGGUGCACUCUGGUGGUUCCAGCAUCAGCGUCACUGUUGCUUGAUCUCCAACAGCCUAACUGGGGCAUUGUGGCUCAUGCAAGAUUCAGCGAAAAACACAGCAAACUACUCUAAUCCCAGUGGACGGAUUUAAAUGGACAAGGCUGGGCUUUCUUCUCAAAAACUUUUUUUCACUUAAUGUUAAUGUUUCCUGGAUUCAUGAAAGUGCUGCAACUCCGUGAACUAAUAUUGUUUGGACAGUUUUUCAUCUUUUUUGAAAACAUGUUGCUGUUGACUACACCAGAAGAACUUCCACAAACAUUCACGUCUUUGGAAACAUGGAAAGCCACUACUGCCUGUUGAACACCAGCCAUACAAGACUCCCAAGGUGUGACAUGUAAGCAGUGACCACAAAUUAAAGAACAACUACUAUUUAGUGAGGACAAUUUCAUCAGCUUUUUAUUCUGAGCAGAUUUAUAAUGCUUGUAAGUGCAGACUCGUUAGUUUUGUUAACUUUGACGUGAGAAACACAUCUCCAGCUUCUUGUGACCGCGUUGAUCCAGUGAAUUAUGGAUGGCAACCUGAGCACUUCAAAUGGGACCAACCUCACAGGACACAACUAUGCAGCUGGACCCUGGAGCCUCGUCAUACUGGUCAUCAUCAUACUGAUCAUAGUGGUGGGAAACCUGCUGGUCAUCAUCGCUGUGGCUCGUACUUCGCAGCUACAGACGACGACAAACAUUUUCAUCAUGUCCCUGGGUUGUGCGGACCUCAUCAUGGGGGUCCUUGUGGUACCACUGGGGGCCACUAUUGUGGUGACGGGUAAAUGGCUGCUCAGUGACACAUUCUGUGAUUUCUGGACUUCUGUAGAUGUGCUGUGUGUGACAGCGAGCAUCGAAACACUCUGUGUCAUAGCAGUGGAUCGGUAUAUAGCCAUCACAAGACCACUCAGAUAUAAGGUUCUACUCAAUAAGUGGCGUGCCAGAGUAAUAGUUUGUUUAGUGUGGGUUGUGUCCUCCUUAAUUUCCUUUGUACCAAUUAUGAAAGGGCUUUGGCGUGAUGAUGAUCCCACAGCAAAGAAGUGCUACGAAGACCCUGCAUGCUGUGACUUUGUGACCAACAGGGCCUUUGCUAUUAUAUCCUCUAUAGUGUCUUUUUACAUUCCACUGCUCAUAAUGAUAUUUGUGUAUGCAAAAGUUUUUCUAAUAGCCACACGGCAAGUCCAGCUCAUAGAUAAGAAUCGCAUGCGUUUCCAGAAUGAGUAUCCAACAGGGCAGAUGCAAGUUGCUUCCCACAUCAACAAUAUCAUGCCAUCGGUGUGUGCAGGCUCCAGCAGCUGCAACAGCGCAGUGCGGAGAAAAAGCGCCAAGCGAAGACCGUCACGGCUAAUUCUCGUCAAAGAGCACAAGGCCCUCAAGACUUUGGGCAUCAUCAUGGGGACCUUCACUGUAUGCUGGCUGCCGUUUUUCGUCGCCAACAUCAUCAACGCUUUUAACAGAGGCGUUCCCUCAGAGAGGACCUUCCGACUGUUAAACUGGCUGGGUUACAUCAACUCCGGCCUCAAUCCUAUCAUCUACUGCAGGAGUCCAGAGUUUCGUACAGCAUUCAAGAACCUGCUGGGCUGUCCGUGGCUGUCCGCCCUGUGGCUCAAUACAGUGUAUAAAGAGCUGCGGACUCGCUGCUCCUGCUUUCUAUGGUCUUCAACCGGUAGGACUGAGGGCAGUCUGGCCAGUACUCAGGGAAGCAACAAAAGUGAGGAGGCUUCCCCUGGUACUCUGCAGUUAAAUGGCAGCACUCAGUUCAGUGACUUAUCAGAACCAGAAACCCAAUACUUCACAUUGGAGGAAAAGCAGGGAUGAACUGUAAGAUGUCAAGCUGCUGAAGCAAACUAUGUUCUCCAGUCGAUACUGUGACUCCCAUAAAGGCUGAGCCCAAACUGCAGUGAGGACAAACGAAAGGACAACCAGCAGGAUAAACCCAGCUGAAUGAAACGGAUGACUGGAUUGACUGCCGAAAAACAGCUGAUUUGGUCUAGACAGGAACAUCGUGGUUGUCUCUGUGGACAAGAGAUGGACCGCUGCAACUCAGCACUUCACAGACAUUAGGUGACACCAAAGUUGAGCCUCCUAGUGUCAUCUAAAUACCGUUUGCAAAAGACAAUACUUAAUAACUGCAAGUUUUAAAUGCAUUCCAGCAAAACCUUUGGACACAGUGUAUGUGGCCUGUGGGUUCAAGAAUUACAUCAUAAACUAAUUUUGUACAAUAUAUUAUCUGGUAAGUUAUCUAUUUAUGAUACACUGAAGCUGUAGCAAAAUUAGUUGUCUAACUUAAAACAAGGUCAUAAUUGGCAAGGCUGUCUUCACUGUCCAGUUAAGAAACAUACAUUUUCAUGGCACAAACUCAUCAGUGUAAUAUCAGCUGAACCAAAGGGCUGUGCAUUCAAAUAUUCAAUUGGUGUCUGAUUGCAGUCUUAAUCUUUCUCUUUUGAGCCUGUAUCCGCACAAUAUUUAUCUUGCUUGAAUUCGCUUGUCUGUGUUAAGUUAUACCAGAGGUAUUGAAAAUGUUCAGGACACCUCAAACAUCAUUCCUGUCAACAGUUAACCGUCAGUUUAAACCAUUGUGCAAGGUACAGUAUUAUAAACUGCAGGUAACCCAUGGUAUUGGUAAACUCCUGCCCUAUUUUCCGUCCUUGGUAAGCAGCCAUGUUAUAAGCUCAAUGACAACUGAAAUGUCUGAAAUGUCCAACUAUAGAAAAAAUAAUUAUCUUGAUGGAGGAAACAACAACAAGGCAUCCCAUAUAACAAAUUAAUGAAUGAGUUAGAGGCAAAAUCUCAUUCAUUUUUUUUUAUAUCAGGACAUCUUUGCAUUAUUGAUGACACAAAAGCAUCUGUUGCAUUGAGAAAUAAAAUAUUAUAAAACUGUG